UGUCAGUACCAAAAGCGGUAAUCCCGAGCUACACUCGGGCUUACCAUGCAGCGUUGCGUAAGGAGUCCCUGCAGCACUUACCUUGUCCUUCGCUCCCACGAUGCGUCCCCUGCAGCAUCCCCGGCCAUCUCCUCCGGCCGAUGCCGGCAUCCAGCUUCCAUGUUCCGGUCCCUGUGACGUCGGGAUGUACGGGCGCAAAUUUGAAAUUUUUUAAAAAAAAUUUUUUAAAAAAAUGAUUAUUGCAUAGUAAAACAUUGCUGUUUCAUAUCUGCUUUGUCCUGUCCCCUGCCUGCAUUUUGACUGUUCUUUCUG